AGUUACCUGCCGCUGUAUUUUGCAGGAAAUCCAAGUUCAUCUAAACAAGGCGCACUUUACUUUAGGUUGGGAUCUUACUGUUGCUAUUUGCUUGUAAAAGUUCCAUCAGAACAAAAUGGCAGAAGCAACUGAAGAGAAGAAGGCGGAUGCAGAUUCCAAAAGAGUUCACACAUAUCCUUUAAUACGGCAUUCUGACAUGAAUGAUGAAAUGAAGACAGAGGCAAUGGAGUUGUGUGUCACUGCUUGUGAGAAGUUUGCUACAAAUAAUGAGAACGCUGCAAAGAUGAUCAAAGACACGAUGGACAAAAAGUUUGGGGCAUCCUGGCAUGCAGUUGUUGGUGAAGGCUAUGGAUUUGAAAUUACCCAUGAAGUGAAAAAUCUGCUGUACAUGUUUUUUGGUGGGAAUAUGGCAAUUAUUGUUUGGAAGUGCUCUUGAAGAUAUGGCAUAGGUAAUUUACUUUUUGUUCCUUUUCCCACCCUGUUUGGAAAACUAAUCUAUUUUUUUCACUGCUGAUUACUAUUACAAUACUUAACUUCCACUGGUCUUGAAAGUUCUUGUAUUAUAUACAUUGUCAUUAUAUUGACUGAAACUGAAAGGAUGUCUCUUCGGUGAAUUAUUUAUUCAGGGACUUUUUUUUUUACCGUGAGAUUGUGUUGGGGUUGUGUCUUGAUUUAAAAAUUGAUGAAUAGGCCUACAUUAGUUAAAACCAAUUUUGUUAUUUGGAUGCAAUCUCAUGAACUCUAUUAUAAUGAAUAAAUCUUCAAGAAAAAACAGCAUUGCAAUGUAAUUAAUCGUUUAAAUUAGAUUUAAUAGAGUUCACUGCUUCAAGAAUUUACCUGGCCAUUGAGUGGCGAGAAUCAACUUUUCUUUUUGUAUUACUUACGUUUAUAUGGAAAAUGGACCAAAUAUAGUUCCUUUUUAUUGGUUGUGUUUUUACCACUGUAGCCAAACAUUCCGUCCUUUGCUCUCAGUGCCUGUAAGUUGUUCUGUAUGUGUGGCUGUGAAUGUGUGCGUGCGUGCGUGCGUGUGUGGCGUUGCUGUCAGCAGAUGUUUGUUAAUGUUGUGGCCUUUUUUUUUUUUCUUGGACUGUUGUGGAAGAUAAUGUGAGCACAGAAUGAGAAAAGAAUGAAAGAUGAAAUGUUUCAUGGAUAAAAAGUAAUAAACAAAAUAAAAUUAUGA